GUGUUGAAGGCAUUUUCUGGAACUUUAUGCCAAGUUCUGCCUAGCUUGAACGGGCUUACUGCCGACCGCAAAGUCACCCUCGUUUGACAAGCUCCACCGCAGUGAUCUUGACCAUAGUUCGAGCCGCAGAACGCCGCGUCCCCGGUUAUGAACGCCGCUUCGACAAAUGGCGAUUACGAAUGGAUCGAGGAAGAGUACGUUCCUCCUCCUUCGCAGAUGCCUUCGGAACCCAGGUGUUACGGCGAACGAAACAGCGGCGGUGAAGCAUCCGCAGGUCGGGGCCGUGGCCGGGGCAGUUGUGACAGACCCAAUGCACCACGCCGUGAUUCUGAAGAGUUCAUGGUGCCGGUCAAAGACAUCGCUAGAAUCAUUGCCAGAGGUGGCUCCAGGAUCCGUGAACUCCAGGAUUCCUGCGGUGCGCGCAUCUGGAUCAAGAAGGACGACGGAGAUAACAAUUACUUCGAAACCAAGGUCGAGGUCUCGGGUCCCGAAGAGGCGCGUCGCAAAGCUCGCGAGCUCAUCGACGCCAUCGUCAAUCCGCCCGAAGAACCAGCGUGCACCAAAAAAAAAGCGAAGAACCGCUGCCUCUGCUCGACUGGGCCAAGCUGCUUGCCAAGGGCGACGAAGAGACGAAGAAGCGUUGGGCCUCUCUCGCGCCGAUAG